ACACUCCCUGAUAGCGGGUGGUUCAGGCUCCUGGGCCAAGGAGGGUGACUAGGGUAAGGAGAACGAUCUCUGGAAAAUGAGUGCCCAAGCUGGGUCAGGUCGGAAGAAAACCCUGACCCUUCACUGGCUCCACCAUCUGCCACCAGUUCUUCUGAGGAGCCUCUGGAACUGCACACCGUGAUGGAGACGCCUCUGGAGAAGGCCCUGACCACUAUGGUCACCACUUUCCAUCAAUAUUCUGGGAGAGAGGGCAGCAAACUGACUCUGAGUAGGAAGGAGCUGAAGGAACUGAUCAAGAAGGAGCUGUGUCUCAGUGAGAAGAUGAAGGAGAGCAGCAUUGACGACCUGAUGAAGAGCUUGGACAAGAACAGUGACCAGGAGAUUGACUUCAAGGAGUACUCGGUGUUCCUGACCACGCUGUGCAUGGCCUACAAUGACUUCUUUCUGGAGGAGAACCAGUGACCGGGGCCUGGUCCCUGGCUGCUGCAGCUCUGCUCACAAACCCUCCAUUGCCCCUCGCCUUCCCCUCCCUCCCAGAUAGAACCUGCUUCAGCCUUCCCCUCCAGCAGAAGAAUAAAGGUUUUUCA